CCUACAACAAACCUUUCUACGGCCUCCCUGCACGCGGAGGAACGGUGGCUGCGGAAGGAUGGACCCUGCUACUGCCGGUGGCUUCUCCCAGGAGCAGUUCCGGGAGGCCUGUGCCGAACUCCAGCAGCCCGCGCUGGCCGGGGCCGACUGGCAGCUGUUAGUAGAGACCUCGGGUAUCAGCAUCUACCGCCUGCUGGACCAGCAAACUGGACUCUAUGAGUACAAAGUCUUUGGUGUUCUGGAGGGUUGCCCACCGGCUGUGAUCACAGAUGUCUAUAUGGACUUGGACUACAGAAAACAGUGGGACCAAUAUGUCAAAGAACUCUAUGAAAAGGAGUGCGGCGGCCAGACCGUGGUCUACUGGGAGGUCAAGUACCCUUUCCCCAUGUCCAACAGGGACUAUGUCUACGUCCGGCAGCGGCGAGAGCUGGACGUGGGAGGACGGAAGAUCUACGUGGUCCUGGCUCAGAGCAUGUCCGUGCCACAGUUUGCCGAGAGGCCGGGUGUGAUCCGAGUGAAGGGGUACAAGCAGAGCCUGGCGAUUGAGAGCGAUGGCAAGAAGGGGAGCAGAGUUUUCAUGUAUUACUUCGAUAACCCGGGUGGCCAAAUUCCGUCCUGGCUCAUUAACUGGGCUGCCAAGAAUGGAGUUCCUAACUUCUUGAAAGACAUGGCAAAAGCCUGUCAGGCCUACCUCAAGAAAACCUAAGAAGGAGAAUCGGGAACCCUAUGCCCACGGACUGGUGUCUUCUUCAGAAGUGCCACAGCCCACGGACAUUACCCUCCCUCUCACCUUUCCGCCCUCAGAGGCUGGCACACUCUCCCUCCAGCACGUCGGCCCGGGGUGCACGUGCCUGGCGCCCAGCUUCCUCUCCCACUCUCCCUACUCCGGGGACCCCACUGCCUCCUUUCACUGCUGAAUAUGGGUCGGAUCAGGGAAACUUCUGCUUGUUUGUUUUUCAAAAAGGAAGUCCUCAAUAGGGAGCACAAUCACGCCACUGUGCCCUCUGAAGGGGAUGGGUAGGUGGAGGAGUGGUGACGUAAUGUCGGGGAGGAAUGACCUCUCCAGGCCAGCUGGCUGCAGCCCUGGAUGUGAGUCCCUGCGACUUGGGAGGGGCGGCCGGAAGUGACGUUCCCUCAUAGUGACCCUCAGUGUACCAGGCCUGGGAGACUGUGCUGAUGUCCAUUUGCCUUAAGCUUUGGUGACUUGAUUGAGCUGGGAUUUGAGGUGAUAAUCCAGUAAGUCCCUGCCCAGUCCCACUCCUGGAGGAUCACAGGCUGUUUUGGUUUCGAAGUAUUUUGAAAAAACAAAACAAAACAGUGUAAUCCUAACUAAGCACAUACUGUGAUAACCGCUUUUCCCUCAUCGUCUGUGUCUGGGUUCCUCUCCAUCCUGCCUGCCACUGGGGGGAGGUUUCUUUAAUGUCACUAGCUCUGCAUUCUACUGGAAACCGAGGCACCAGGAUGGCGCUGGUAGUUUCUGGAAGCCAAGGACACACAGCACUGCGAUCAAGUGUCCUUGUAUUCAAUACGAUGACUUUCCCUUCUAGAGUCUCUGGAGAUGUUGAAGGGAUAAUGAUCACAGCUGGGGAAAUAUUACUCAGUGGCUUGGUUGACUCUGCACUUUUUUCUCAGGAAUUUUACUGAAGUUGUCCACCUCUUCCACCCCCAAAAGACUUCUAGUUUCCCGUUUUCUCCUGAAGGGCAAGAUAUUCUGUGACACAGCCUUGAUGAUCUCAGGGAAAAAUCUUAACCACAGUGUGUGACAGUAUCAAACCUCGAUAAACGGGCAUAGAAAUUCAGGAUGUAAAGCUAGAAGCAAGGGAGUUAUUAAAAUGGGAUACUUCGAACAGUGUAUUUUCUCUCUGGGAAGGAAAGUUACUGAAUACCAAAUAAACACAGAGUGGCUUCUA